AUUCGCGUUCGUGAAACGCGAGAGUAAUCCCGAAUUUAAUUUAUAAUGAGGUUACUUCGUACAACACGCAUCAAAUUAUCCUGGAUUGUGUAAAAGAAGUAAGGCUACGUGAAACAGGGCCCUGAUAGGUUAUCUUGAGCUAAACCCGAACAACCAGUUAGUGUUUGGCGUGAGGAUAUCGGCUAAAUUGGGCAGACAUGUUGAUCUGAUCAUGGCGUGUCCUUUCUUGGAAAACCCUGUGGAUAUUGGCGCUCAAAUCAUUCGCAAGGCUUUACAUCGCGAGAGGGUAAUUAGACCGCGAAUUGAUAUUCUAGCUCAAGAGCACCUUCACGAACGUUAUCGUUUUUCAAAGCAAUUUAUAAUUUAUAUCAACAAUCUUCUAGAGCCUCAUAUAUCUCAUGUUACACAUCGUGGGUUUGCACUAACCUCGCUACAAACACUCUGCAUUGCCCUGCGGUUUUUUGCGAAUGGGAGCUUUUUAUAUAACAUCGGAGAUGCAGAGCAUAUCAGCAAAGCAACUGUGAGUCGGUGCAUUCGAAGAGUCAGCCUGGCUCUGAAACAAUUUCUUCACAUUUUUGUUGUGUUCCCUGGACAUAAAUCGGAAAAAACCAUCAAAGAGGAAUUCUACAGAAUCGCAGGAUUUCCAGGAGUUUGUGGGAGUAUCACUGGAACUCAUAUUCCCAUUAGGUCCCCCGCAGUAAAUGGAGGAGACUAUAUGAACAGGAAAUCCUUUCACAGUAUUCAUGUACAGAUAAUUAGUGAUGCCAGCCACCUCAUUACGAAUGUGGAAGCCAAAUGGCCGGGGUCCGUCAGCAAAUCCAGGAUUUUCCGGGAGUCUAACUUGUUUCACAAAUACGAAGAAGGACAGUUUGACGGCAUCCUCCUCGGUGACCGAGGCUACCCCUGCCUGCCCUUCCUGAUGACGCCCUACCCUUCCCCCGAGGCUGGCCCGCAGACUAACUUCAACCUGGCCCACAGCAGGACGAGGGCCGGGGUGGGCACCACACUCGGGAUCCUCAAGGCGCGCUUCGAGUGCCUCCACGGGCUCCGGGUGUCGCCGGAGCGUUCGUGUGACAUCAUCGUGGCGUGCACCGUGCUGCACAACCUGGCCAUAAUGAGAGGCGAGGGCGUCCCCCCGGGUACGGCCCCGGAGGAGCCCGAUGAGGGGCCCUUCCCCCACAUUCAGGACGACGCGGAGGGCCUGCUCGUGCGGGACAGUAUCAGCAAGGGGUGGUGGUGAUGCCCGCUUGCAGGGACGACGACUCCCUGCGAUUUAUUUUUUAUUUUAAUUUGGAAGGUCUAUGUCCUGACCCUAACUAACUAAGGCUAGUUUCUUCUAAACCUAAAAUUGAACUAAUUAUUCACUCUGGAUUGUCUACAAAUGAUAGAGCACUGCUGCUAGGCCUCUGACCAUGCCCAAUGGUCCCAUGUCACUCCUAUCUUACUCUCAUUACACUGGCUCCCACUCAAAUUUAGGACUGAUUCUAAAAUGUUUGUCAUUAUCCAUAAGGAUCUGCAUUGUCUGGUUCCGGUCUAUGUGAGUCAGUCACUUCAUCCUUGUAGCUACCACCAGUAUAUCCGUCAGAUCUUCUGGCCAAGGGCUAUCCCUCACUUUAAGUGAUCAGGUUUGAAACAAUUUUCCCCUAAACUGGUACAGCCUCCCAGUAGACAUAAGAUCUGGGAACACUGUUGACAGUUUAAAAGCAGCUGAAGACCCUUUUGGCUGUUUUUUUUAAUGUUUGUUUUUUAUUUCCUUGUGAAGCUCCAUUGUGAUAUUUGUUCAAGUAAGGUGCUAUAAAUACACUUUUACUUUGUGCGAUCACUCAUUUUUCAUCUAAUUUAUUUUUAAACUCAAACUGUUAAAACAAUGCAGAAAAGGAGGAAGUUGUAUGUUUGGAGUUUGUUCUUCAGUUUGGUCCCCCACCAAAGUAUGCUGGUUGUUCCAACCACAACUGGAAUCUCAUAAUUCUAAUAACCUGGUAAUAUCUUAGAAUUACUGUCCAUGUGAGCAAUUGUUUACCCUCAUAAGCCGCAUUAUGUUAGAAGUAGCUAAGUCAUGAGGAAUAACAGUCCAGUAUUCCCAUUGUGCUGUAUCACAAAUUAUUACAAAAAGAGUAAAAAAAAAAAAACUAGUUAAGUGCUCAAAUUAAAGGCUGAGGUGAAACUAGGCUCCUAAAUGAAAGUAUGAACACAUGACCACUAAAACUAAUCAUCUGGAAGAAAUGUAAUGACAAAACAAAUUAUAACAAGCCAGUGAUAAUGUUUUAUGUAAUUGCUUGCGAUAUAGCAUAAUAUGAACAUGGGCAUUGCUAAUUGGUACAUAAUCUGGCUCAAGAGGGUAAAUAAUCCCUCUAAAAAUGAAAAGCGCCUAAUGAAGAAAAUUACAGCUUGAUAGAAUUCUACUAUUGCCAUUAAAGUUGGAACAAUGACCAGCAUACACACAGGAGUGCCCAGGACUGAACCUGAGACCCACUAUAGUAGGGCUGUCAAACUGAAUUCCCAGGGGGCUGCAGAGUGAGUUUUUGUGGUUUCCUUUCAAUCAGCUGUGUGGAUUCUGCAGCCAAUCAGUGAUUUAAAUGAACCACAGGGGCAGAACAGAACAACCCAAAAACCAGCAGACAUUGCGACACUCCAGGACUGGAGUUUAACAUGUCCAAUAGUUUUACCUCUCACAUCUUAUGAUAUAACAAGGCAAUUUUGCAAUGUCUGUAUAAAAGGCUUCAUAACCAUCUUCAGAAUGCAAAAUUAUAUAAUUUGAUGCGUGAUAUGUAUAUCAGCAAAGAUAACCCUCUUCCUGAGAACUGUAACUUGAAGCUUCAGAAUUCUGAUGGAAUACUUGGGGACAUCAGUGCACGGGAUUCAAAUGAAUGAGAAAUUGCACAAAUACUUAGCAAUUGAUUCAUCUCAGCCAUAGUGCUUUACAUCAUUCUGGAUGGUUCUAGUAAUAAUCAUGUAAGUACACAUUGUAUUGUUAGUUACAACUCUGCUAUAGAUGUAGUGUACGUAAGAAACCACAGUUGAAUACAUACAAGGUUCUUUUACUUUAAUAUCCCAUACUUUCCAUUCCGCAGGACUCAAUUUCCUCCCAUUUGCAGUAGUUUAAUUGGCAUCUUCAUCAAAACUAUCAUGCAUUUCACCCUCAUAGUCCUGAGUCUGCACAUCAGUGCACUUUAGUCCCAUUUACCAAGCACACAUUUAGGCGCUUCAAGUCUUUGACUGCAAAUGGGUGACGGCACACUUUCCAGCCACGUCCCACAGGGCCAGGGACCUCAGGGGCACCUCUUCCAGAGUGCAGCUUGACAGUUGGCACAUUUGGCAUGAUGCACUAAACAGUCCAAGCAGGAUGGCAGCUGAUGGCUGUCGAUCUCACCCGUCUUUGCACAGAACAGGUGACGCCUAAGAGUUAAUUGUCAGUGCUGGUUCAGAACGUACAGGCCUCCGGCUUUAGCAUCGGUUGGUGGUGCAGGUUCCCAGCGGUCAGCGAAAAUUCUGGUGUUUCGAAAUAAUUCAAUAAUUCAAAUAAUCCCUGCAAAAGCAGAAUCCAAAUCAAGCAACCGUUGCCUGAGAAAUAAAGACCGUAUUUUUGUUUAGAACAGCCCUUCAUGCGUAUUUUACUAGUUAUGGAUUUGAUGCUUUUAACCUGUGGAAGAACCUAUGCACUUGUAAAUCGCUUUGGAUUAAAAGCGUCUGCCAAAUGACUUCAAAUGUAAA